CACCCUUUGGAACUCUUCCUCUAUUUGUCGAAUUUCUAAUUUUGAAAGACCUCCCAACAGGAGGAGUCAGAAGUCGAGUUUCCCAGCUCCUCCUGAAGCUGGAACACAGCAGUCAGAUGAGCCAUUGAUGAUUUGCUCUAGAGAAAAUGAGCAGACAGGCUCCCAGAAAAGCCCAUCAACAGAGCAGAGGUUGGCCACGUAUCCCCUGCCUCCGUCCCCAUCCUUCGGGAAGCGUCAGGAGACCCCGGGCAGGGUUAGGGAUGCCGCCGUGCGUCAGCCGAGAGAACGAGCCGGCGGAGCCCAAGGCAGCCACCCCGGCGUUGGAGGCUCACUUUCUUCCCGGGUUCAGCAGCCAGCCAGCCCCGGGCUGGUUCCUCUUACAUCCGCGAAGAACAGGCUCAGGACUGCCCACCGAGCGACGGAGCUGCGGCCGCGGCCGCGUUGA